CCAUUUCCUUAUUUAAGGACAAUUUUCUUUGCUUGAGUGGAUAUGUCCCUUUGGAGUGAAUGAGCAGGCGGCAACUUCCUAGGAUACAACAAAGACAAGUUCCCUGCACUGAGGUUCAUACUGUAAGAGAGAUGAUACUGUAAGAGGCAGCACUGCUAAGCUCUUGAAGGACUUUACAAAAAUUUCAGAGAUAUAAAAAUGCGCUCCAGAAGUAACAGCACAGAAAUUCCAGACAAAUCAAAACAGUGUCACCAAAGGCAAAGAGAUCACCAUAAGGAAGAUACUGUUUUCACGGGGAUAGUAAAUACAAAACAGGGAAAGAAGGAAAAUGACUAUACAGCACAAAGCAGUACUAUACUAAGAAGCCCCAGGUCUGAAAAUAAACAAAGAAGCUAUUCCAAGAAAGGAGAGGACCUCUCUCGAGAUGAUCUCCUAUUUCUUCUCAGUGUCCUUGAGGGUGAAUUGCAGGCUCAAGAUGAAGUCAUAGGGGUUCUUAAGGCAGAAAAAAUUGACCUGGCUUUGCUCGAAGCACAAUAUGGCUUUGUAACUCCCAAAAAGGUGCUAGAAGCACUCCAACGAGAUGCUAUUCAGACAAAAGCUACACAAUGGCAAGAGGAUAUCUAUGAAAAACCUAUGGGAGAGCUUGACAAAGUUGUCGAGAAACAGAAAGAAACUCACAGACGAAUGCUGGAACAACUCUUAAUGGUAGAAAAAUCACACAGACAGACUCUGUAUGAGCUGGAGGAUGAGAAAAGAAAGCACACAGAGUAUAUGGAAAAAAGUGACGAGUUUACCAAUUUACUGGAACAAGAACGAGAAAGACUGAAAAAGCUUCUUGAACAAGAAACAGCUUAUCAGGCAAAAAGAGAGAAGGAAAACAACAAGAAGACAGCUAAACUAAAAGAAGAACUAACAAAAUUGAAAUCAUUUGCGUUAAUGGUAGUGGAUGAACAGCAAAGACUCACUGAACAACUAAACCAACAGAGUCAAAAAAUUCAAGAGCUAACCACCACUGCAGAUCAAGCAUAUGUGAAGCUCACUGUUGCUGAAGCAAAAGCUCAGGAAGAGGAGCAAAAAGUUAUCAGGCUGGAGGUUGAACUGCAGGCCCAGAACAACAAGAGCUCCCAAGACCAAGAAGCAAUGAUGGCCAAGCUAACCAAUGAAGACAGUCAGAAUCGCCAGCUCCGGUUAAAGUUAACUGCACUCAGUCGACAAGUUGAUGAACUAGAAGAGACUAAUAAAUCUCUGCGAAAAGCAGAGGAAGAAUUGCAAGACCUAAGGGAUAAAAUGAAUAAGGGAGAGUGUGGAAAUUCUACCCUUAUGGCUGAAGUUGAAGAAUUACGGAAACGUGUGCUAGAAAUGGAAGGUAAAGAUGAAGAGCUCAUAAAAAUGGAAGAGCAGUGCAGAGAGCUUAAUAAAAAAUUAGAAAAAGAAGCAGCACAGAGCAAGAACCUUAAAGCAGAAGUUGACAAACUCAACAAAAGAAUCAUGGAACUGGAGAAACUAGAAGAUGCUUUCAGCAAGGGCAAACAAGAGUGUUACUUUCUGAAGUGCAAUCUAGAAAAAGAAAAAAUGUUAACAAAGCAAUUGUCCCUUGAACUGGAUAGCUUAAAAGCUAGAAUGGGAGAGCUUGAAGCCACUGAAAACAAGCUAGAAAAAACAGAAGUCACACUUAAGGAUGACCUAACUAAACUGAAAACACUGACAGUGAUGUUGGUGGAUGAAAGGAAAACAAUGAGUGAGAAAAUAAAGCAAACCGAAGAAAAGUUAAAAGCUGCAAAUACUCAACUUCAGGUGGAGCAAAAGAAAGUUCAGACAGUUACAGAAAAGCUAAUUGAGGAAAGCAGAAAGGCACUAAAAUCAAAAUCUGAUGCAGAGGAAAAACUGUCUACUGUAACAAAGGAAAGAGAUGAACUAAAAAACAAACUGAAAGCAGAGGAAGAGAAAGGAAACGAUCUUGUUUCCAAAGUAAAUAUUCUAAGGAAACGGCUUCAGUCCUUAGAAGCCAUUGAAAAAGAGUUUCUGAGAAAUAAACUCAAAGAAACUACUAAAUCCAGCACAUCUUUACAGCAGGAGAACAACAAAAUAAGAGAACUUUCUCAAGAAGUUGAGAGGCUGAAACAUAAGCUGAAAGAAAUGAAAGCCAUAGAAGACGAUCUCAUGAAAACUGAGGAUGAAUUUGAGUCUCUAGAACGAAGAUACAUUAAUGAACGAGACAAAGCAAAGUUUCUGUCAGAGGAACUAGAGGUUGUAAAAAUAGAACUGGCUAGGUAUAAACUGGCAGAGAAGGCAGAGUCCAACCAAGAACAGUGGCUUUUCAAAAAGCUUAAAGAAGAAGAAGCUAAGUCGGAUCACCUGUCUCGGGAGGUAGAUGCAUUAAAAGAGAAAAUUCAUGAGUAUAUGGCAACAGAGGACUUAAUAGGUCAUCUACAGGGGGAUCAUACAAUCCUGCAAAAGAAACUCACACAACAAGAAAACAAAAACAGGGAGUUGGCAAGAGAAAUGGAAAACCUCACGAAAGAAUUAGAAAGGUACCGGCGCUUCAGUAAGAGCCUCAGACCUAGUCUCAAUGGAAGGAGAAUUUCUGACUUGCAGGUUCUCUCUAAAGAAGUCCAGACAGAACCAGCUGACAAUGAACCACCUGAUUACAAGAGCCUUAUUCCAUUAGAACGCGCAGUCAUAAAUGGGCAGUUAUAUGAAGACAGUGAUAAUGAUGAUGAAGACCAUAAUGAGGAGGAGCAAAUGAUAUCUUUUAAAUGCAAUUCAUCCAUUGCAAAUGCUGUAAACAAAAAAUUAUGGAUCCCAUGGAUGAAGUCCAAAGAAGGCCACCCUCAAAAUGGAAAAAUUCAUGCAAAACAAAAUGGAAGUUUUGCACAGCCUGGAGAUCUAGUUCUAAGUCAUACACCUGGACAGCCUCUUCAUAUAAAGGUUACUCCAGACCAUGGACAAAAUACAGCGACACUUGAAAUAACAAGUCCUACUAUAGAAAGUGCUCACUCUUACACUAGUACUGCAGUUAUACCUAACUGUGGCACACCGAAACAAAGAAUAACUAUUAUUCAAAAUGCCUCCCUAACUCCUAUAAAAACAAGAGUGGCAGAAGGCUACAUGACCCCAGAGCAAGCUAUGUCACCUCUUACUAUGGCUGCUUUUGCAAGAUCUCAAACACCUGAAUCAUGUAGCUCAGUAACUCCAGAAAGGACAAUGUCCCCCUUGGCUCUGCCAGGCUCUUCCAGUGCUCAGGAACAGAUACUUUCAACAGAGCCUUUGGAAAUCAGUGCCAAGCAUGCUGUUUUUAGAGUAUCUCCAGACAGACAAUCAUCCUGGCAGUUCCAAAGAUCUAACAGUACUGGUUCAAGCGUAAUAACUACUGAGGAUAAUAAAAUCCACAUUCAUUUAGGAAGUCCUUAUGUUCAAGCUCUUAGUAAUUCAGCAAAGUCCAGCAGCCCUUGUACUCCAAUGCAGGAUAGCAGAACACCAGCACUAUCUAAUGGAACACCCAGUAAACCCACCAAUAAAAUCACCAGCAGUAUCACUAUCACACCAACAGCCACGCCUCUCCCACGACAAUCACAAAUUACAAUCGCUGAUAUGUUCCGGCGUUCAAUUCCUACUCGGAUCCCCAAACCAAAGUCUACAAGCGUAACCAAGUUACCCAUGAGAACUCCUACUGGGCAUCUCCACAAGCCACUCCAUGACAGCAAUAAUGGAAAGCUACACAGUGUAAGAACUGUAUCUAAAACUUGCCUUCAAAAUGGAGGGAAAAGGUAAAACAUUCUCUACUAUGCCCAUGUGUAACAUCUCCUUGAAGAAUGUGAACCUCUGGAGCAAUCACUUCCAAGAGUUGUGUGAGAAAAAGCUAAUUCUUCCACAAAGGAUGAAAUAAAAAAGCUAACCAUUCACAGGUUAUGUGAAAUGCCAGAACAUACUCCCAGGCCCAGACUGUGCUCUCACUUCCAGUCCAAAUCCUGAUUUACAGGAUUUUUUUUUUUUAAUUUAUUUUUAUUUUUUUAUUUUUUUUUUUACAGAUGAUUGCAGUUUUCAGCCCUACCAUGAAGUGACAAAUGAGGCCACAAAUAAAUUCCCACUUCAGUUCUGACAUCCCUCCUCACAUGAAUAAAAACUGCAAUUUUACAAUAGAUUGGUGAAUGCUUUAUAACCAAAAUGAUGAGUAAUUGUGUGUUAUUUUUUAGUUGGUCUUACAUAAGUGUGUUUCAGUGUGGGUAAUUUUAGGUUAAAUAUCAAGUAAAAUAAGACAAUGAGUGGAGGGAUGGUGAAAUUUGCUAUUUAAUAUAGUGCCAAUUGAGCUUAAAGCAGCAAGCUUUGGGUUGUAUGCAUUAUUAUUUUUUAGACUAAUGAAAAAAGUGUCAGUUCCCACAAUGGUUAGUUAACUGGUGUGAUGUAGCCACACUUGAAUGCACACAAAAACCAUAUUAUAAAAAUGGAUGCAAGAAUUAAGACUUUCAAUACGACUUUUUAAUCUGCUAUAUUAAUUUCUCACGCUUUACUAGAAUUAUGGUGUCUAGAUUUCUAAUUGUUUAUAAGGUCCCUACUGGAGCAGAUUUCAUGUUGUGGGUGCAGUAUUUGACUGAGAGUUGGUACUUUGACAGAAUGAUCCUAAUAUACUGAUAUAUUUGUACACGCACAUAUACACACUUGAGUCUCCACUCAGCCAUUGAACAAACCAAUAAAAAUAACUUUGUUGGCUAUUUGCCUCCAAAGUAAUGCUGCCAACACAAAGCUGUAUAAAGAUACAACGGUACCAUUUUAUUUCUUGAAGGAUGCUUUUAAAUUCCUUUGAAAGAUUUAUUUAAAAUAUUACUGAUGCUGUUCUACUUUUUCAUAUGAAAAUCAAUAGAAAACUAUUAUUGGUGACUGUAACAGGCAUCCUGUAACACUGACUAAUUCUUGGCUGCUGUACUAGAACAGCGAUCCUCAAUCUUUUAAGGCUGAACAGCUC